GAAUUCGACGACGCCCUGACGGGAUAACGAGCAUUGCUGGAUUGCCUUGGCCUGGAUCUGUGUUGAAUUGGCAUUGUGAAUUUUAGAGCUGAAAAGCUUAGAGGAAAUGAAGACGCGACCCACAGGAAACACUUCCAACGCCGACUGGAUGGGCUCCCUGUGCCCUGCCCUCACAUCCAUGCCCCUCAAGCACCUGGCGGUUCCUGGUUCUCAUGAUUCCUUCAGCUUCUGGGUGGAUGAGCAAGCUCCAGUCGGUCCAGACCAGAAAACGUAUGUGAAGCACCUGGCUGCGAUAUUCCGCUUCCUGGCCAAGAAGGUGAUGAAGAAGUGGUCCAUGACCCAGAACCUCACCUUCAGGGAACAGCUCAAGGGAGGAAUACGCUAUUUUGACCUGUGUGUUUCCUCCAAACCAGGAGAACCAGGCCACGAGAUAUACUUUAUACACGGGCUGUUUGGACACAAAGUACGUGAUGGCCUUAAUGACAUUAACAAUUUUUUGAACCUACACAAGAAAGAGGUUGUUUUUUUAGACUUUAACCAUCAUUACGCAAUGAGCGAGGAGCAUCAUCAUUACCUAAUCAAGAUGCUGAAGGACGUGUUUGGUCACAAGCUCUGCAAGAUUGACGUGGUGGAGGACAUCACUCUGAAUUAUCUGUGGGAGAACAGGUACCAGGAACCUUCCAACCAUAAUGACGUGGGUGGAGGCACAAAAGCCAGGAGUAGAUGGGGUCAAUAUCAUCACUUCAGACUUUGUAGAACUUGUGGACUUCGCAAACACUGUCAUUAAAUUAAAUAACCUCCUCAUUCAGGAUCGGCCAGGCACAUGACCUUUUCAGUGACCACCAUGAAGACUGAAAGUGUGCUGACCAUAAGGACCUGGAAUCACAUGGGGGUCACAGCAGGUGACGGAUACCUAUGACCAUUUUUUUAUAUUUAAUUCAACAGAACUUUAGGUGCCAUCAAUCUGAUA